AUGAACUUCUUCCGAGACAGAGACGCCAACAGCAAUGUCUUUGACGAUCCCAAAAACGAUCCCACCGCUCCUUCACCCACCACAUCACCGCGUAAGAAGCAAAAGUACGAGUCGCAACCUCCUUCAAGUACCGGAUCUGCCGACGAUGCGGCGCUCGCCAGCCUGCGAAAGCGUAUGGCCGGCCCCUCGUCGGCCAAAGCAGGUCUCGCAAAGGACCAGGACGAGAUCAACAGGAUUAUAUACGAGGUGUCCAAAGGGAGCAAAUUCUUUGAGAACGAGCGCAAGAAAGAUGCACAGACUACAGAGCGCAUCAAUGCGUUGCUUGUACGUCGAGAUCAAAAGCUGCUUCAGGUCCCGCGAGGAAGCGCCGAGUGGCUCGCGAUCGAGCGCAAGAUCGAGGAUAUGGCCACACGUCUUGAAAACAGCCGUGAUCUUUCCAGAACCAUCCUCCACACCGACAUCGACAUGUUCUACGCCGCUGUAGAGCUGGCACGCGAUCCGUCGCUCAAAGGCAAGUGCUUCGGCGUGGGAUCGGGUGUCCUCGUCACGGCAUCUUACGAAGCUCGAAGGGGCUAUGGCGUGCGAUCCGGGAUGGCCGUCUUUGUAGCAAAGGCGCUCUGUCCGCACCUCAUCGUCGUCAAGAACGACAUGCAGAGCUACGUCCAAGCCAGUCAAAAGGUCAUGGCCGUCUUUGAGCAGUACGACGAAAACUUGGCAAAGGCUUCGCUCGACGAGGCCUACCUCGACAUCACCGACUACGUCGAGCAGCACGGAGGCUCGAUCGACCAGGUCGUACAACAGCUGCGAGAACAAGUCAGGAGCGAGACUCAGCUCACGGUCAGCGUCGGCAUUGCACCCAACACCAUGCUCGCCAAGAUCUCGUCCGACCGCAACAAGCCCGACGGUCAGUUCCGUGUACAGCCAGACCGCAAAGCCAUCGUCGACUUCAUGCGUGACCUUCCCUGCCGCAAGAUUCCCGGCAUCGGUCGCGUCAACGAGCGGAUUCUCGAGAGUCUUGGCGUCUCCACCUGCGGAGAGAUAUGGAACAAGCGUGUCGACCUCUGGCUUGCCUUCGAUGGCAAGAUCGAAUGGCUCAUCAAGGCUCAUCUCGGAAUCGGCAACACCAUCGUCGAACCGAGCAAGCGCGAGGAACGCAAAAGCGUAGGCCGCGAGCACACUUUCAGCCCAACCGCUGACACCCAAGCCCUGCUCGAUCUGCUCAAAGAGUCGGCUCAGCGUGUCGAGCAGGAUCUCGAGCGGCUUGAUUUCAAAGGCAAGACGGUGACUCUAGUGGCCAAGCGAGACAACUACCAGCGCUUUUCACGCGCUCGAACGUCAACGAGGCUCGUGCAUCGGGCUGAAGAGCUCUACGACAUUACGAGCUCUUUGCUGUUGCAAGAGAUCGAACGUGAAGGUGCGCUCUCGCUCCGUCUGAUCGGUGUCCGUGUCACUCAGCUCGUUGACCUUCGUGGUGCAGCUGCGGGCGAGGAGAGGCUGCGCAAGCUUUUCCAGAGCAAGCCAGUUGCCGAAGGCGAGGAAGGUGCCACGGCCAAGACGACGCUGCGAAGGACGGCUCGAGAACUGCGGGAAGAGGAAGAGCGUCAACUCGCGCUCGCCAUCAAACAGUCCCUGGAAGGAAGCGCUGAUCCCUUCACCGAAGUGCCAGACCUCAGCCAGGAUGAUGUGGCGGUCCGAUCUCGGUCUCAGACUCCCAUUGCGGCUCGAAUGACACUGCAGAGCGAUCGCAAUUCUGACAUGCCUACCGCCAUCACGCCCCGCCAAGACCCGCCGUCAGAAGAAGAGGGAGCGGUCCAAUGCCCUGUCUGCGACCGGACGGUGCACGGGUCAAACGACCGUCUCAACGCUCACAUUGAUGCUUGUCUCAAUCAGUCGGCUCUCAAUACGUCCCCUAGCGAUCCUGCGGAAGCUGGACCGUCGCAACGAGGCGACCGUCCGGACGCGUCUGCGAAGAGGAAGCGCGGCCCGCUCGAUUUGUUUGUUCGGCGAGGCAAGUAG